AUGUUCACUGGUCUCCUGAAGCACACGCCACCUCCGGCCUCCGCUGCAGCAGCCUCCUCCUCUGCCUCGGACCAAAACAGUAACGCACAAACUACAGUUCCCACAAUCCCGCGGGGACACCUGGUCGUGGGCCCCAAGGACCAGCUCCGCCUCCUCACCCCCGUGGGCAGCACGGCGACGUCCAAUCACUGCACGGUGGCGGGGGCCCACGCCGCUAAGCACUCCGGGGGCGCGCCGCGACCUCCUUCCUCCCUGAGCGAGGAGGACGAUGGAGGAGGAGGCGGAGGAAGGGUGAAGAAGAAACGAAAGAAAAAGGACAAGCGAGGGCGGGAGAAAGGAGGAGGAGGAGGAGUGGUGGAGGUGGAGGAAAGGGAAAGCAGCAAACCAAAGAAACGAAAGGAGGAGAAGGAGGCGGCGACGGUGGUCACGCUGAGGAAGUGCGUGGAGCCCAAGGAAGUGAAGGAGAGAAAGGAGCGCAGGACCAAGGGGAGGGAGGGCAGGAAAGAAAGUGUAACGGAGAUAAAGAAUGUGACGGGGCGGAAAGCGGCAGGUGCUGCUGUGGCCCCCGGGCCGGCCGCGGUGCCCGUCAAGGUGCCUGGAAAGAGAGGAAGGAAACCGAAAGUCAAAAUCCUACCUCCUGUACCCACAAAUCAAGCACCUCCUCCUUCCUCAGGACACUCCACCAAGGUCCAAAGGCAGGUCCAUGCCAACCAAGGCCACGGCAAGAACCACGGCCAGGCCAACAGCAAGACCCCCGUCCCCACAGCACCAAAACAGAGGGGCCGCAAACCCAGAGAUCCUGGCGCAGCACCGGUGGAGAAGAAGAAGAAGGGGAAGAGGAGAAACCAGGAGCCGGCUGUCCAGGAGGGAGCGGAGAGUGACGACACUACCUCAAUGUCCGCCCUCAACAUGGGCGGAGAGGACAGCCAAGACCCCCUGGAUAACGCGAAGCGGCGUUCGGGUCGUCAGGUCAAAAGGAGGAAGUAUAACGAGGAUUUGGAUUUUAAGGUUGUCGACGACGACGGAGAGACGAUCGCCGUUCUGGGAACCGGACGGAUUUCUGCGCUGAACGCUACGGCUCUGGCUUGGCAGGCGGAGGAGCCACCGGAGGAUGAGGCCAACAUCAUUGAGAAAAUUCUUUCAGUCAGACCAGUGAAGAAAGAGGACCAAGCAGAGGAGGCCGAGGAAUUUUAUGUCAAGUACAGAAAUUUUUCCUACCUGCACUGCAAAUGGGCGACUCUGGAGGAGCUUGAGAAAGAUCCCCGAAUCCACCAGAAGAUAAAACGCUUCAGGACCAAACAGGCUCAGAUGAAACACCUGUUCGCUGAGCCCGAUGAAGACAUAUUUAAUCCAGACUACGUAGAGGUGGACCGGGUGCUGGAGGUGGCUGUUACCACGGAUACGGAGACGGGAGAGGAGGUCACUCAUUACCUCGUUAAGUGGUGCAGUCUCUCCUACGAGGAGGCGACGUGGGAACUGCAGGAGGACCUGGACCCAGAGAAAAUCAAAGAGUUUGAGGGGAUUCAGAAACUGCCGCCAGACCUCAGACACAUGGAGCGUCCUCCUCCAGAGAAAUGGCAGAAGUUGGAGCGCUCCAGAGAUUACAGGAAUGGAAACCAGCUCAGAGAAUACCAGUUAGAGGGAAUGAACUGGUUACUGUUCAACUGGUACAACAGAAAAAACUGCAUCCUAGCCGAUGAGAUGGGUUUGGGAAAGACGAUCCAGUCCAUCACCUUCCUGUACGAGAUCUUCAGCAUGGGGAUCCGCGGACCCUUCCUCAUCAUCGCUCCGCUGUCCACCAUCACAAACUGGGAGCGGGAGUUUCGCACGUGGACGCACAUGAACGUCAUCGUGUAUCACGGCUCGCAGAUCAGCCGGCAGAUGAUCCUGCAGUACGAGAUGUUUCACCGGGACGCACAGGGUAACACUAUUCCAGGCGUGUUAAAGUUUCACGGCUUGAUCACCACCUUCGAGAUGAUCAUGGCCGACUGUCCCGAGCUCAAGAAGCUGCACUGGCGCUGCGUUGUGAUCGACGAGGCUCACCGACUGAAGAACAGGAACUGCAAACUGCUGGAGGGACUCAAGCUCAUGAACCUGGAACACAAGGUUCUGCUGACAGGAACUCCUCUGCAGAACUCGGUGGAGGAGUUGUUCAGUCUGUUGAACUUCCUGGAGCCGCUGCAGUUUCCCUCCGAGAGCAGCUUCCUGGAAGAGUUCGGAGACCUCAAGACAGACGAGCAGGUGAAAAAGCUUCAGGCCAUUUUGAAGCCGAUGAUGUUGAGGAGAUUGAAAGAUGACGUGGAGAAAAAUCUUGCACCGAAAGAAGAAACCAUCAUAGAGGUGGAGCUGACCAACAUCCAGAAGAAAUACUACCGAGCCAUCUUAGAGAAGAACUUCUCCUUCUUAUCUAAAGGAGCAAACCAGCACAACAUGCCCAACCUCAUUAACACCAUGAUGGAGCUCCGCAAGUGCUGCAACCACCCCUACCUGAUCACAGGAGCGGAGGAAAAGAUCCUGGAAAGCUUCAGGAAGUGUCACAGUCCGGACGCUCCAGACUUCCAGCUGCAGGCGAUGAUCCAGGCGGCCGGUAAACUGGUGCUGAUCGACAAGCUGCUGCCCAAACUGCUGGCGGGGGGACACAAAGUCCUCGUCUUCUCCCAGAUGGUCCGAUGUCUGGACAUCCUGGAGGACUACCUCAUCCAGAGACGCUACACGUACGAACGCAUCGACGGCCGCGUGCGAGGGAACCUGCGGCAGGCGGCCAUCGACAGGUUCUGCAAACCGGAUUCGGACCGCUUCGUUUUCCUGCUGUGCACCAGAGCCGGAGGGCUGGGCAUCAACCUGACGGCAGCAGACACAUGCAUCAUCUUCGACUCGGACUGGAACCCACAAAACGACCUGCAGGCUCAGGCACGCUGCCACCGGAUCGGUCAGAGCAAAGCGGUGAAAGUCUACCGGCUGAUCACCAGGAACUCGUACGAGCGGGAAAUGUUUGACAAAGCCAGUCUGAAGCUGGGACUGGACAAAGCUGUGCUGCAAGACAUCAACCGCAAAGGAAGCCUCAACGGGGUGCAGCAGCUCUCUAAACUUGAAGUGGAGGAUUUGUUAAAGAAAGGAGCGUACGGAGCGCUGAUGGACGAAGAAGACGAAGGAUCCAAGUUCUGCGAGGAAGAUAUCGAUCAGAUCCUGCAGAGACGGACUCAGACCAUCACCAUCCAGACUGAGGGGAAAGGGUCCACGUUCGCUAAGGCCAGUUUCAUCUCAUCUGGUAACAGAACGGACAUUUCUCUGGACGACCCCAACUUCUGGCAGAAAUGGGCCAAGAUUGCAGAAGUGGAGAUCGACUCCAAAUCGGAGAAGGAGUCGUUGGUGAUCGACACGCCUCGGGUGAGGAAGCAGACACGCCACUACAACUCCUUCGAGGACGACGAGCUGAUGGAGUUCUCGGAGCUGGACAGCGACUCGGAGGAGCGACCAUGUCGGACUCGACGGCUGGGCGAACGCAGCAGGCGUUACCUCCGAGCCGAGUGUUUCAGAGUGGAGAAGAACCUGCUCAUCUUCGGUUGGGGUCGAUGGAAGGACAUUUUAAACCACGGUCGGUUUAAAUGGCAUCUGGCAGAGAGAGACAUGGAGGUGAUCUGCAGGGCUCUGUUGGUUUACUGCCUGAGACACUACAAAGGUGACGAUAAGAUCAAGAGUUUCAUCUGGGAUCUGAUCACACCGAGCAAAGAAGGUCAAGACCAGGCGCUGCUCAACCACUCAGGUUUGUCGGCUCCGGUUCCUCGAGGUCGGAAAGGGAAGAAGAUGAAGAACCAGCUGAACGUUCCUGAGGUGAAGAACGCUGACUGGCUCGUCCACUGUAACCCUGAAGUCGUUCUGCAAGACGAGAGCUACAAGAAACACCUCAAACAACACUGCAACAAGGUGCUACUGAGGGUGAGGAUGCUGUACUACCUGAAGGUGGAGGUUUUGGGUGAAGCUGCCAAUCAGGCUCUGGAGGGAAUCCCUGCCAGUAAACUGGAGGUGUCACUGCCAGACAUCGACUACAUCGAGAUUCCCGCCUCGUGGUGGGACGCUGACGCUGACAAGUCGCUGCUCAUUGGAGUCCACAAACACGGCUACGAGCGGUACAACGCCAUGCGAGCUGAUCCAGAGUUGUGUUUCCUGGAGAGAGUCGGGAUGCCGGAUGUGACGGCACUGACGGCCGAGCAGGGAGGAGGAGAAGUAGUGGUGGACAUGACUGACAGCGUGAACAAACCGGAGGAGGCGAAGGAGGAGAGAGAGAGCAAACCUGACGGAGGAGGAGACGACAGAGACGAGAGCAGCAAGGGAGAGGAAACUUGCUCCAGCACUGAUACAUCAGACAAGCCUGACAGCACCGGUCCAGACUCCCAGAUGUCAGGUGACUUGUGUGCCCAGGAUGGGACUCUGGUUACCACGACAACGGGAGCAGGAACAGGGACGGGCGUAGCGUCUCUCCACGUGAUCCAGGCUCGCCCCCUCUGGCCCACGGGUCCGGCCCUCACGGCUCGUCUGCGUCGCCUCAUCACCGCCUACCAGCGCUUCACGCUGCGCCGCGAGCCGCUGCUCAGGCACGACUUCCUGCUGCACGACGGCCUCAUCGGCAUGGGGAUGGGAGGGGCAGCCGGGGCAGCAGCCGCCGCCGCUGCCGCCGCCGCUCACGGUCACCACGCCGGAGGGCCGUUGGCAUGGCAACUGGGCGAAGAGCUGAGGCGGUGUUCCGUGGUCGCCACUGAGCCUGAUCCGCUGUUUCUGGAGUGGCAGAGAAGGUGGACUCGUCGGGAGCAGUCAGAUUUCUACCGCACUGUGUCGUCGUUCGGAGUGGUGUACGACCCGGAGAGGAAAACCUUCGACUGGUCCCAGUUCAGAGCUCUGGCCCGACUGGAGAGGAAGACGGACGAGAGCUUGGAGAGAUACUUCAACUCCUUCGUCAACAUGUGCAGGACGGCCUGCAAGCUGCCGCCGAGGAAGGAGGAAGGCUUGGUGGAUCCCGCUGUGCUCGUUGAGCCUCUGACAGAAGAGAGAGCGGCUCGGACUUUAUACCGCAUCGAGCUGCUGCGUAAGAUCAGAGAGCAGGUCCUCCGUCACCCGUUACUCUCGGCCCGCCUCCAGCUGUGCCGCCCCUCCCUCUACCUCCCCGUCUGGUGGGAGUCGGGCAAACACGACCGCGACCUCCUCAUCGGGGCCGCUCGCCACGGCUUGAGCCGCACCGACUUCUACAUCCUCAACGACCCCCAGCUGAGCUUCCUGGAGGCUCACAGGAACUACGUCCGAGGCCACCCUUCGUCUCACCUUCAUCCCCAAACCCAUCAUCAUCCUCACCACCCGGGUCUGGCGACUCAUCCUGGGAUUUCCUCUUCAUCCUCCUCGUCUUCAUCGUCUCAUCCGCAGCUGCCUCACCCUCACUGCUGUCUCUACGAUUCGGGUUUGGGUCGCCACUCCCCUCAGCCCCCCGAAUACCCUCAUCAGUCGUCUCACCAUCAUCAUCAUCACCAUCAUCACCAGCAUCAUCACUCAAUGCCUCCGUCGGCUCCUUCCCCUUCCUCUUCCUCCUCUUCCUCUCACGCUCACCUCCAUCCUCCGCCGCUGGACGCCCACGAUUCCGCCUCGCCGAGCCUGGGGAUAGUGGCUGGAUCCCGGGGAGAUUUCCUGGAUUGCCCCCCUCUGGAUGAAAGCCUGGAGCUCGGCUCGCUGCAGCACGACGCUGACGCUUUGCAUGGUGGGAAAACGUCCAAAGACGCUCUCAACGGGUUUCCGUUUAACUCGGCUGCAGGAGGUCAAAGCAUGCUGAACUCGUACGGAGUCGGAGGGACGGAUCUGGAUUCGAAGCUAAGGAGCGACGUGCUGGUUGGGGAGCAGGGAUCGUCGGAGGAGACGGGGCUGAUGGCUCCGUCAGUGGAGCUCGAUCAGUUACAGGCUCCGUGGGACGGUACGGAUCACUCCAGUCCGGCUCACCACAUGUUCAACGAAUCCGAUCCGAUCUUGGGUCCCUCGGCGCUGGAGACGGGCUUCCUGGAGGAGGAGGAUGAGGAGGCGCAGGGAGCGGAUAGAGGAGCGGAGGAAGGCGGGACUCUGGAGGAGUGUUUGGGUUUGCCGCCAUCGUCGUCUCCUUCUCAUCCUUCGGCCGGAGAUCCUGUGGAGCCUCUGUCGUCAAGUUACAUGCUUUUUAAGGACAUCGGUGUGAGUGAGGAAGCCAGCGCAGAUCAAACCGACCUGUCCGCCAGCCCCCCUCCUCCUUACGUUCCCCCCCCUCCCCUCUCCCUCUCUGACAUCACCGCCCACGUGCCGCAGGAUAGGCUGGACCACGCCGACGUCUCCGGGAGCCUGACCAAUCCGGUGGAGGAGUUCGAUGACAAGGAGGAAGAGGAAGUGGAGGAUUUAUCGAGGGAAGCCGCGGAGCAGAACGCGGAGAAGCAGAGAGAGAAGUGUGACGCUGAUCGAGUCUUGAGUCCACCGAUGGAAGUGCCGCAGAUCGACGGGAUGGAGCCAGAAGAACAAGACGACGAGAGGAUGGAAGUCCCGAAUCAACUCUCUCAAGACCUCCAGGAGAACUUCGAUCAAGCGGAGACGAAACACGUGCUUCCUUUCCUCGGGAAGCUGGAUCAAGACGGCAGCCUCGUGUGUCCCGAACCCAUCGAAGAACCGGGAGAGGAAGUGGAUCGUUUGAUUUUAUAUCAGACGGUCGAAGAGGAAGAGGAGGAGACGAUGGAAGACUCUCUUGACGCUGAAACCUUGAUUGGGAACGCGACCGGAGCGUUUCUACAAGCGAGAGGGAUUUCGGCGGACGGUCGAGCCGCGGAUCUCGCCGAUCAAGUGGACGAAAUAUCGGAAGGGCGAGUGGAUCACGUACACGCUAAACAGAACGAGAUGGAGCUAGGAAGCAUUUACAUUUCCUCGUCUCCUGCAGCGGCUUCGAAGUCCGAAGUCAAAACCGAAGUGUCGAUGGAUCAGGAAAGCUACGAAGGCGUCGUCGAAGAUCUGACGUUACCGGACAGCAAGAAUCGAGUGUUGACGUUCUCGCUCGGACAAGAAAACAAAGAUAUGCUCGAUCGGAAUGAAAUCAAAAUGGCUCAGAAUCUAGCCGCGAACAGCAUCGACGCAAAGCCGAACGAUCUCAAGUUCUCUCUUCUGCCGGAUAACGUUUCUACCGGCGGGAAGAAAGCUCCGCAUCUCCAACUGCCGAUUAAAGUCGAGGAGACCAAGACGGAAGCAGGCGAGGACGACGAAGACGACGACUACCCCGAUAGCUCCGAAGUCAAACGAGCCAAAUUCAUCGCCGCCUACUCCGUUAAAUCCGAAGUGUUGGUGACCAAAGCCGAGCAGUUGGACUUUUCCGUCAAACCGGAAACCUUGGAGACCAAACCGGAAGAUCUGAGCCUUCCCAUGAAGCCCGAGAGCUUGGACAGCAAACAGGAAGUGCUUCAGUUCGCAGCGUAUUCGCACGGAGCUGAAAUCAAACCGGAAGCCAAACCGGUGGUCCUCGGGUUCGCCACGUAUAUCGGAGGAGUCGGAGUCGGGUUGAAGACCGAGACGAAGCCGGAGUUCGCAGCUUAUCCCGACAGCUCGGAGAUCAAACCCGAGGCGAAGCCGGAAGGGUUGGAGUUCGGAGCGUUGCCGGAGAUCAAAGCGGAGACGAAGCAGGAGCUGUUAGAGGCGGAUAGCACGGUGCUAACACCGAAGCUGGAGCAGACGGACGGGCUGGUGGACGCCACGGAAACGCUGGUGAUGAAAGGACAGGUGAAGGAGGAGAGGCCGAGUACGCCAGUGGUGGAAGGUUACGCCGGCAGUCCCAGGUUUGCAGCUCCUAUUUCCAUCUGUGAGAUUCCCGACAGUCUGCACGACUCCCGGGAGCCGACCAUCGCUCAGCUGUUACAGGAGAAAGCACUUUACUCUUUUUCUGAGUGGCCAAAGGACCGGGUGAUCAUCAACCGCCUGGACAGCAUCUGCCACGCCAUCCUGAAGGGGAAGUGGCCUUCAUCCAGCGAGCAGUACGACUCUCCCGGCUCUCUGGCUGCUAACUCCUGCUUGGCUAACAGCUUAGUGCAGCACCACCAACACCGAGCCAGCUUCCUGCCCACCACCACCAUCACCACCACUUCCUCAGGCUCCGUCCCGGGCCAGGCCAGGGGUCAGCAGCAGGCCAACCCUGGACUGGGCUUUUCAAUCCCUCCCCCUCUCACCAGACUACCUAAGUACAUGCAGCGGGGUGGCGCAUGCGGGCGCGGAGCUUGGCGCCUCACCUCCUUGCCUCUCUUACAGGAGAGGCUGGUGGCUCCUCCUUACCUCCCCGAGCUCAAACGAGCGGGGGGUCGGAGGUCAUUCGACUAUGAAGCUGCAGCAGCUGCAGCAGCCGCCAAGGUGUUAGCCGGGAAAACGGCCGCCUCGUCCUCGUCCUCCUCGUCUUCUUCGUCGUGCCACACCGCUUCCACCGCGGGCGAUAAAACGCCGGUGGUCGCCCCCGCUUCUCAUCGCACGGGAGCCGCCAUGUUGAUUAACGGGUGGCAAGAAACGGCCAUUGAUCUGACCAAGUCGUCGGGAGAAAUGAGCAACAGCGGAGGAGGCGGAGGAGGUGGAGGCGGAGGCGGAGGCGAAGCUGUGGUUGCCCCGGGAAUCGGUGGCAGCACUCACAAGCUGCCUCCGCCCCCCAUCACUGCACCCAUAGGGGGCGCUGUGGGCAUCGACAUGGCCGGGAUACUGCAGGCCGGACUCAUCCACCCUGUAACGGGGCAGAUAGUUAAUGGGAACCUGAGGGGAGAUGAUUCUCUGAGGAGGAGGAGAGGCAGGAGGAGAAACGUGGAAGCACUGUACUCUGAGUUCACCAAGAGCCGAGGACUGCACCUCCCAGAGACACAGAGUCGAGUGGAAGUGAUCAGCCACUCCUCCGUUUCCUCUUCCACUUCCUCGCCGUCCCCGUCUCCGUCAGAGCGACCCGCUGGCCCCCCGACGCCGUCCUCGUCCUCCACGCCGACCCCCACCCAGACGCCUCCGCAGCCGGAGAUCGUGGCCAUCGACAGAGAAGCGGCGAGCAAAGGUCUGAUCGAGUGGCUGAGACAGAACCCGGGUUACAGCAUGGAUCUGCCCGCCUUCGCUCACUCGGGCCUCCUGCACGGCUUCGUGGAGCGGCCCAAGCAGAGGAGGCAUCGCUGCAAAGACCCCACCAAGCUGGAUAUCAACUCUCUGACCGGAGAGGAGAGGGUCCCCGUGGUCCACCGAGGCACCGGACGCAGGCUUGGUGGCGCUAUGGCUCCGGCUAUAAAGGAGCUCUCCAGAUGGUUGGAUGCAAACUCAGAGUAUUAUGUAGCUCCAGACUGGGCUGAUGUGGUCAAACACUCUGGUUUCCUCCCCGAGGGGAAGUUCUCUCGGAUCCUGACUGAACCGGUCAACAGAGACCCGGGCUCUCGUCGCCGCGGCCGCCGUCCUCGCAGCGAGAUGCCGAAGCCCCUCCUCUCCGUCUCCGACUCCUCCGCCUCCGGCCUCGGCCCCCCCCUCUUCAUGAACGGCGGCCUCAUCGGCAGCAUGGACUCCAUGGUCGCUAUGCAGAACCUCCGCGGCGGCAUUCCCGGCAUCCCCAUCUCCGGGAUCAUGGCGGCGGGAUUCACUCACGGUUUCCCGACGGCGGUCGCGACGGGAGGAGCGGGAGCGUCCGGCGAAGACGCCAAGAACGGGUUGAGUAUGUUACCCAUGAUGCUUCACGGCAUCCCGCACCCCCAUGGGGCCGCGAUACCGCAACACGCCUUGUUCAGCGUCGGAGCGAUGAUGGCGCACACGGCCCCGCCUCCCCCGCCGCCUCCUCACUCCACCUCCUCCUCCUCCACCUCGUCUUCUUCGUCGUUGUCCGCGGCGAAGGUUACCACGACGACCGCGCCGUCGAUGUCUGAGGCGGCGAGCCCCUCGUCAACUACGCCCGCAGAGAGGGAGAGCAACGCCGCGUCUUCUUCUUCUGGUGGUGAGAAAGGAGCGGCGGAGGGGAACAAGAGAGCGGCGGCGGCGGCCGAGGCGACGGCGGCCAUCAUCACCUCCACCAGCAGGGCUCAUCUCGGCGCCGCUCACAUCGGAGGCGGCGGCGGCAGCCAUCUUACCUUCAACCCCUUCCUGAUCCCGGGAAUGUCCCACGGCCUGCUGUACCCGCACAUGUUCCUGCCACACGGGGGCAUCAUGGCGCUGCCCGCCAUGCCGCCCGGCGCCGUCGACGGCUCGCCGGCGGGAAGCCCGAAGAGGAGGAGGAAGAGAGGAGGAGGAGGAAGGGAGGGAGAGGAGGAAGGGAGGGAGAAGGAGAAGGUAGAGGAGGGCGAAAGUACAGUUAAGGCUAGCGUCACCUCUCAUCACCCGGCCUCCUCUUCAUCAUCUCCGUCCUUCUCCUCUACCUCGGCUCCAGAGGUUGGACCACCUCCGAGCGACGAGCCUCAAACCGCCGGAGGAGGAGGAGAAGGAGGAGGAGAAGGAGGAGACGAAGGGCCCUCGGAGCCCCAGCAGGAACUGGACUCCCAGAACCAACCUGAGGAGGGAGCCAUGUCAAUGUCCAUGUAA